CCUUUCUGGGAUUAAGCAGAAACAAGACGGGCUUUGUGAGCAGCAACAGGGCCGGCUGGUGGGGAAAGGAUGGAGUGGGGGUGAGAUAUCCAUAGCACCUGUUGGAGCCUGAGGUUCUGUGCGGCUCUCGCGUGCUGUAGAAGGCGCAGCUCUAUAGACGUCAAGGCUGGACUGAGCUGGGACGUGGCCGCAGAGGCAGUAGCGGGGACAGUGUCUGAUGCUAGGGAUAAGCGAGUGGCACACUCAGGAGGUGUCCUGCUUUCUCUGUUCCACCAUCUUCAGGAAGUAAGAAUGGACAGAAGAAGCAACAGUGUCCCCCGCUUCUCAGUAUCAGCUACUAGCUGCCCCUUUUUCUCUGUGUCCCUCUCCCAUGCUAGGGAACCCUCAGUCUUCUACAGUUGCUCCAGGCAGACUCGUCAUGUGGACGCUUGCAGCCCUCCUGCUUCUGGUUCCGAGCAGUGGACAGGCUGCUACUCUGGAGAAGCCCGUAUUGUCUCUACACCCACCUUGGACUACAGUCUUCAAGGGGGAGCGAGUAACACUGCGAUGUGAUGGUUACCACCCUCUGCUGCUAGAGCUCCGACCUAUUAGCACUCUCUGGUAUCUGGGCCAUGUCCUCCUGCCUUCCCACAAGAAGACCAUUGAGGUGCAGACACCAGGGGUGUACCGAUGUCAGACACGGGGGGCACCUGUCAGUGACCCCAUCCACCUCUCUGUGUCUAACGACUGGCUAAUUCUGCAAGUGCCUUAUGCUCCUGUGUUCGAGGGAGAGCCCCUGGUGAUGCGCUGUCGUGGCUGGUAUGACAAAGUCGUCUACAAGCUUCACUACUACCAUGAUGGCCAGGCCGUGAGAUACUUCCAUUCCAGUACCAACUACACGGUGUUACAGGCACGAUCUAGUGACAGCGGUCACUACCAGUGCUCUGGUACCAUGCGUAUCCCAGUGGAGAGCGCGCCCAUGUUCUCCUCCAAGGUGGCUGUCACUGUGCAAGAGCUGUUCCAGACACCGGUGCUCAGGACGCUGAGCCCGCCGGAGGCGCGCGGUCGCGUGGUGCUGCGCUGCGAGACGCGCUUGCACCCGCAGAAGCGGGACACGCCGCUGCAGUUCGCCUUCUACAAGUACAGCCGGCCAGUCCGCCGCUUCGACUGGGGCCCCGAGUACACGGUCCCCGAGCCCGAGGUCGAGGAGCUCGAAUCGUACUGGUGCGAGGCCGCCACGACUAGUCGUAGUGUCCGGAAACGUAGCCCCUGGCUGCAGCUCCCCGGGCGGGGCUCUGCCCUGGAUCUAGCGUCCACCACUGCGCCGGCCCUACAGGCCUUGGUGCCCGGGGACAAGCCACUUUCCUUCCGGAAGACCCCGGUGUCCAGAUCCGUCCCGUCAGUCACUUCCGUCCCGAACAGCACGUUUGCGGGGCUGCAGUUCCCCGCGGGCCACGUCCCCACUGUCGGGCCACACGUCUGUGCCCCUCUGCCCACGUCCGUGGAACAGUCCCGCGAAGUUCUGCAGCGCAAGGUGGACCUUCUGCUUCGCGAGAUGCAGCUGCUCAAAGGGCUUCUGAACCAGGUGGUCCUGGGAUUAAAGGACCCACAGGCCUUCCGAGAGCUUACAGAGACCCCUGAGACACCCAAUUCUCAGGUUUCUGUGAGCCCAGGAACCCCGGAGACCACUGUCGUCCAGGGUGGAGUGGACAUCUAGUGUCUUCCUUACAGGAUGGUUGCUCCUGGAUCUUCCCUUCGUCAGCUCGUUUGCAAGCCGGAGACACAUCUGUUGAUGUCCCUUGUGCUCCUGUGAUUUUUAAAGAAACGCCCCUUAAGUGUGGUGCUGUGGAUUUCCACCUUACUAGAUUGUAGGCGAUUUCGACCUUGCAGAGUAGUUUGUAAACACAAACACCCUCUCUGUUUGCUCUUUGUUCCAUAGAGAAGUAGACAGCUGUUGUUUACUAUUGAGCAGCUAACACUCUACAAGAGAAUUUAGACCUCAUAGAAAUGAAGUACACAUUCCAGCAUAGGUGAGUUUGUUUUGUUUGGUUUGUAAUGGAAUUCACUGAGGUUAAUGAGCACUUUAGAACACUUUUAGAGUCAAGUUGUAAUUAUUCAGAAAGAAAUAACUCUAAUAUUAAAACAACUUUCAAACUCC